CAAAUUGUGAUAGCAGAAGACGCGAAAAUGGCGACGACGAGACUGAAGGAAAAGGCUGCCAAAAGAAGUUUAAGGGACCGUCAAAAGAGCGCUGGACCACAGGUAUCACAAAGAGAAACUCGACGAUCAUCCAACCGAUUAACAACAUCAACCACUGACAAUGGUGAUGCUGAGACAAGUGACAGUGAAGCCAGAAGAACAGACCUCGUACAUGUCACUGGAUGUUUUGGCACAGGUGGCAUCUGCCACUUUGGAAAAAGAACCCAAGUUUAAUGAGAAAUCACUCACACCUAAAAAGCUGACCAAGCGUAGCAUACAGUCUUUGGACGUUCUGAACCUUGAUCAGAUACAAGCACUUUCCGACAAGGCCUUGCUCAGCCUGUUCAGCGAUAUGACGUCAAACGAGAUGACUCGUAACUACACAUACACUUGCUAUCUCAUGCCAGACAAGUGCAAGGAGAAGUUCACUAGCUUCGGCAAUGAGACACGUGCACGUAUGAAGAUGAGGACACACUUGCUGAGUCACAUUGAACAGCUGAUUGACGAUGCAAAUGAUCCUGAUCUAACAGAGUUGUUUGUUUUCUCUGCUGUACCUGUUACAGUCCGAAAAAAGAAGUUAGCAGAAGCUGCCAAAAAAAGGAAAACUCCCAGUCAGAACACCACAUCAUCAAGUCCUGGGAAGGCUAAAAAAUGCACCAGUCCGAUUGCCAAGUUCACUGCACUUAAGCCAAGUAGAAAGACAGUGUCAGACCCAAAAGGAAAGCCAACUAAUAGCCCUGCAUCGAAGGCCAAGUCACAUUCCAAAACUGACAAUUUCAACAGAAACUCAGAAGAGGAGGAAGUGAAAGAGAAUUCAUUGAAACGUAAGAAAACCAAUAGAGCCAUCUCUCCAAACAAAAAAGACAUGGCAAGACGGUAUGCCCACAAAAAGUCAACAUUGCAAACUGUUGGUGCUGACAGUGGCAAUCAAAAAGACACUAAAAGUGGUGCUACAAAAGUGAAGAAGGACAAAUUGAAAGGCAAACAUGGAAACAGUGGAGAGAAGGGAGAAGGAUCUGAUAAUGAAAGUGAUGAUAACUUACAUGAAGAGACUGAACGGCGUAUUGAAGAAAACGAACAGUUUAUUAUUGAUUUGCUGAGCCGGACUCAGCCUCAUCAUGACCACUGUUACACCACCAUAUUUGGUAAGAAACGUGGCAUUGAAACUAUGCACUUUGAUCUGGAGUCCUCAGGAGAGGAGGAGAAUGGAGUGAUAGAUGUAUGUGACAAUGCGUCUGAGGACAGUGAAAAGAGGAAGUCUACCAAACCUAUCAUGUUGCUUCAGCUUCCUGCAGUCGCUGAGCUCCCAAUGGUGAGCAUGGAAGAGGUGGUGAACGAGUCUGAAGCCAGCAACACUGAUGAUGAAGACGAGGAUGGCGAAGGACACAAUGGUGAAAAGCCAUACCCACCAAUGCCAAAGUCAAACCUGGCAAAGAAGGGGCGUCUGAUUGUGCCAGAGGAGAAUGCCCUGUACAGUGACCAUGAGGACGAUAUCAUCAGUCCAAGGAAGCGGAGGAAAAUUGCUGCCGUGGAGAAAGGGGAGCAGGCAGAGAUAACACCUGAAUGGGAACGGAGAAUGGCUUUGAAAUGUAUUCGUGAGCUAAAGAACAGGAGGAAGGAUGAUAAAGUGCCCUUAAUCUGUAAGAUCUGCAAGGACAAGACAUUUACUGCCAGUGCUACCCUUAUGUAUCACUACCGAAGCCAUGCAGGAAUCAAACCGUUUGUGUGCCUUAUCUGCAACACAACUUUCACCCGCCAACACAGCCUUAACUACCACAUGCUCAUCCACAACAACCAGAGUCGCUUCACUUGUAAGGACUGUGGACGCAAAUUCAGACACCCCAGUCAUUUCAAGGAACAUUUGCGGAGACACACAGGUGAAACACCCUUUGAAUGCAUGGACUGUCCUCUUAAGUUCAAAACACGCAACACGUACAAGCGUCACUUGAAAACUCGACACGGAAAGCUACUCACAGCCACAGGUAUACGUAUGCUUAGCAAAGAGGAAUUUCUCAAGGUACGGACCAAGCCUUACAAGAAGUUGUCUGGAGACGAUGAUCAAGAUGACAGCAACUCAAAGCAGGAAGGGUCAGAGUCUGGCUCUCUCUCCCCUUGUGAAGACUCCACAGACUUUGCUGAUGUUGGAGAUGAAGCAUCCCUGUAUGUUCCACUCGGCAUCGUUGUUAACUCCUAGUUUUCAGGGAGGGUGGAUGGGUUGAUGACAGUGACAAGGAACAAUGUGGUGCAUUCAUUUAUACAUAUAUACUGUGACAGUUAACAAACAAAAUCAAAGACUGCCAGGAUUUGCUCUGCCAUCUGUUAGCCUUUCUGGAAAAGGUUUGUACUUUCCACACUGAAAUACACAUGAAGAAGCAUGAGACAAAUAUUUGAGAUUGGCCCUUCUCCAAAUAUACCCUUCUAUUUAUUUGGGAACCAAGCAAGUACUCAGUCUACAGUAACUUCUUGUAAUUUACUUAUAAAUGUUAGGCUUUUGCAUAUCAGUUGAAGGUAAGUCAUUGAAAUUUUAGCACAAAAGCAAAGGGACUAUGUUCAUGGAUGAUGAAACAUGAGUUUUCAAUAGGUGGUAGUAUUAAGUCUUGCUUGUCAAUCCAUGGAUCUGUUCUUCGCAGUUGCAUAAUCUUGUUUUUCUCACAUCGCUUUAUCCCCAACUAUAGCAGCUGUAUGGUAUGAAUAUCCAAGUAUAUGCUUUAUGAGGAGAUUAACAAUAGCUGGUGGAUUUGUGAUUGUGACUGAACAGCUCAUCCAUCCAAGACUGUGUGUAUACCAAGACUGUUAUUAUAUCCAGUGCUAAUUCUGGUUAUUUAACCAACAGAGAGAACAUGACUGUUAUGUGUAUGUUGAUAAUGAUGUCAUUUUUCAUUGGAGCAGUCUUCUCAAUUUAGGGCAGUUGAAUGUUAUGUUCUGUGA